AUCGCAUAUCAAGGCCAUCAAGGCGGUCGAAGUCCAGAGAGGCGUUUGAGAGAGGUGUGGUUUCGUUUCGUCGUUGUCUGCUGCAGCUGUGGGAAAACCUCAAGAUUGCCCUCAAGAUUUGCAAUGGAAUCGCCUUUUGAAUUUUACAGGACAACGAAAGCUGAUGCUGAGCACUGUGUAGGACCACGUGCCAAAUACCAAGGUUGUUUGAUUGGGGCACUAAUUGGAGAUUGUCUUGGUUCACCAUUUGAAGAGCUUCCCCGUCGCCACGUUUUAAGACAAGAUUUACUGCCUUAUUUCUUAAAGCGUAUUUUCCGUAAAUCUGUUCAGGAAGAUGACUUUGCAGGUCGUCGCUUUUGUACUGAUCCAGGGCAUGCCUAUGGUGGAUACUACCAGUACACUGAUGACACAGCUAUGACCCAUGAACUGGCAAAGUCUCUAUUAGAGAUGGGUGGGUUUGAUGCAAAACAUGUAGCAAGAAGCUUUACGGAGGAAUUUCUACAAAACAAAGCGGUCAGAGGGGAGUACGGACCUAAAGUAAGGACCGUAUUCUAUGCCCUUAGAAGCAAUCGUUAUGAAGAUGUCUAUGGCCCAGCAAAGGAUCAGUUUGAUGGUUCAGGUUCAUUCGGAAAUGGCGCCGCUAUGCGUGUCGCACCUGUAGCCCUGUACUACAGGAACAAUGAGGACAUGGCAGUUGAAGUUGCAAAGCUUCAAGCAGAGCUUACUCAUGCUCACGUUGUGGGUUACAAUGGUGCUGUUUUAAUUUGUCUCGCAAUUCAACUUGCUCUCACUAAGGAUCCACGUAGUGCUCUUGACAUUGAAAGCUUUCUGGACACCCUUAUUUCAAAGAUGAAUGUGAUUGAAAAGGAUAAAGGAAGCUUAUAUUCAGAAAAGCUGAGAACAGUGAAGAGACUUAUCACUUCUGACCGUGAUCCUUCAGCCCGUGAAAUUGCUGAAGUCCUAGGAAAUGAAAUAACUGCGGACCGUUCUGUACCUACAGCAGUGUAUGCUUUUCUGAGGGCACUAAAACCUCUGCAAGGCUAUCAGACAUCCAAUGGUUUUGUCCGGACACUAGCUUUCGUGAUAUCAGUGGGAGGAGACACAGACACUAUUGGCACCAUGGCUGGUGCCAUAGCAGGUGCUUACUAUGGUAUUUUCAAGAUCCCAAUUCAAAUGCAAAAGUACUGCCAAGCUGAAGAUUAUGCCCAUCAACUCGCCAUAGACUUACUAGAAGCAAGCAGUGAUCCUGGGAUGCCUAAGUAUGUUCAUCAUAAUGAACAUCAAAGAAGUGACUGGCGUAGUGGGCAAGGCGAGAGCAGUCAAUAUAAUACCUCGAGGGGACAGCGGCGAGACCGUCAACAGUAUACCUCAGACAGCGGCAGACAAAGUGAGCCCUGUCAUGAUGUUAGAAAAUACAGAGGCAGACGUGAGAGAAGCAGAGAGGCACAGAAGGACUUGACACGAGAUGUACGUGACAGAAGUAGACACGACACUCGCAACAGAAGUGAAAAAGAUGUUGCUGACAAAGCGAGCUGCAAACUUGAAGACCUUGCCAAAGCAAGUUCAUCAAAGCAAGCAAAGAAGAAAGCGAAGAAGUCUGAAUCAAAGAAGUUAAAGUAAACUUCACUACAGAAAAAAGGGCCUUCGAGGAACCUGCAGUUAUCGUUCCCAGGAACAAAAAUAUUUUUAGCUUUGUACGAAGCUUUUCUUUUUGUAUUGUUUACUUCCUCUGAGGAAAGAGUGAUCACCAAAGGGAAAUAUGUUGAAAUAUGUUUUAUGGAAAUAUAUUUUAAAUGAUUUUUUACACAUUA